AUGAACCCAUCUACAACUAGAACAGCAUUGUUGGUCACUCUCUUGAUUCUGUCAUUUUUCACAAUCAGAACUAACUGGGACAGAAUCUGGUCAGCUUUCUAUGGAUCACCAAUAUUUCUUCCUGUUUUUGGGGUCAUUUUGGCGUCAGCUUUGCUUGUUAUGGCGGUACGUGCUACGAUUGUCACAUGGAUCACAGUGCUAGUGCUCCUAGCCUGUGCAGGAAACCGUCGUCGGGUUCUUGUUCGACAAGGAAGUAAGAUCACUACUGAUGUUGCAAUGUACUUGGUGAAGGUGGUCGUUAGAGAAAAAGGUCUUGUUGCAGUGGCUUGUGCUACUCUUGUAAGCUUCAUGGCCAUGAUUCGCAUUGCAGAAGCUGGAUUUUAUUAG